CUUCUCAGCCCCCACCCUUCCCCCAAAAAAAGAAAGCAAAAAAAAAAAACAAAACCAAAAAACCCAAAGCGCCGACCCUUCUUCAUCCGUGCCACGGUUCUGACAUGCCGGAGAUCCGUCUCCGCCACGUCGUGUCCUGCAGCAGCCAGGACUCGACCCACUGUGCAGAGAACCUGCUGAAAGCGGACACUUACCGGAAAUGGCGAGCUGCCAAACCCGGCGAGAAGACUAUCUCCGUGGUCCUGCAGUUGGAGAAGGAGGAGCAGAUCCACAGCCUGGACAUUGGCAACGAUGGCUCGGCCUUCGUGGAGGUGUUGGUGGGCAGCUCGGCAGCCGGGACCAGCGAGCAGGACUACGAGGUCCUUCUGGUCACCUCGUCCUUCAUGUCCCCCUCCGAGAGCCGCAGUGGCUCCAACCCCAACCGCGUCCGCAUGUUUGGGUCUGACAAGUUGGUCCGGGCGGCUGCGGAGAAGCGCUGGGACCGCGUGAAGAUUGUGUGCAGCCAGCCUUACAGCAAGGACUCCCCCUACGGCCUUAGUUUUAUCCGGCUUCAUAGCCCCCCAGACAAAGAGGAGGCCGAGGCCCCUGUCCAGAAGGCUGCAGUGACCAAACUUGGCCAGUUCCGGGUGAAGGAGGAGGAGGAGAGCACCAGCUCCCUGCGGCCCGGCUCCCUCUUCUUCAGCCGCAUCAACAAGGCGUCCCCAGCCACCUCGAGUGAGCCUGCUGGGCCCAGCUAUGCCGCGGCCACGCUGCAGGCCUCGAGUGCCGCCUCCUCAGCUUCUCCUGCGUCCAAGGCUUCGGGCAGCGCCUCCAAGCCCCAGGAGCCCCCCAAAGGGAAGAAGAAGUUGGAUUUGAAUGUAGAAGAAAGGAAGGCCCCCACUAAACCAUCAGCCCAGCUUCUGUCACCCGCCCUCAAGAAACCCAAAUUGCAAGUUCCCAGCCGGGCCCCAUCCGCAGCCCCAGGGUCCACCCCAGGGCCGGCCCCAGUACCAGAGAAGCCCCGGGGAGAAGGCCCUAAGCCCAAGGGCGCCCGAGCCGGUGUGCAGGAGCUGGGGAAGGUCCUCCAGGGCGUGGUGGUGGUGUUGAGCGGCUUCCAGAACCCCUUCCGCUCCGAGCUGCGGGACAAGGCCCUGGAGCUGGGGGCCAAGUACCGGCCAGACUGGACCCCCGACAGCACCCACCUCAUCUGUGCCUUUGCCAACACCCCCAAGUACAGCCAGGUCCUGGGCCUGGGAGGCCGCAUUGUGCGUAAGGAGUGGGUGCUGGACUGUCACCGCAUGCGCCGGCGGCUCCCCUCCCGGAGGUACCUCAUGGCGGGGCCUGGCUCCAGCAGCGAGGACGAGGGGGGUUCUGACAGCGGCAGCAGUGGGGAUGAAGCCCCCAAGCGGCCCCGAAAGACCCCACAGACCAAAGCUAAGCCCUCCCAGGCAGCAGGACCCAGCUCACCCCCAAAGCCCCCAACCCCUGAAUUGACCAAAGCAGCAUCUCCAGGACCCCAGGAAGACACAGACAAUGAGGAGGAGCCGGCAGGACGGGACAGCGGGACGGACGCGUCCGGGGACACGGAGGACGAGCUGCGGAGGGUGGCCGCGCAGAGGCAGCAGCGACACCCCGCGGGGCCCGGGGAGAACGGGGAGGACCCGUACGCAGGCUCCACGGACGAGAACACCGACAGCGAGGACCUGCCGGUUCCCGAGCUCCCAGACUUCUUCCAGGGCAAGCGCUUCUUCCUGUACGGCGAGUUCCCGGGGGACGAGCGCCGGAGGCUCAUCCGCUACGUCACCGCCUUCAAUGGGGAGCUCGAGGACUACAUGAGUGACCGAGUCCAGUUUGUGAUCACAGCCCAGGAGUGGGAUCCCAGCUUUGAGGAGGCCCUGAUGGACAACCCCUCCUUGGCGUUCGUCCGGCCCCGGUGGAUCUACUCCUGCAACGAGAAGCAGCGCUUACUCCCCCACCAGCUGUACGGGGUGGUGCCCCAGGCUUGAGGGGCCCUGCCUGCCCCCGUCACGUUCAUGCGCAUACGUACACGCGUGUGCACGCUAGCGUGUGCGUGCACACAGAUGUUUAAUAAAGAAGACUUGGUUUGGA